CCUAAACAAUAAUUUCCACUUUCAUGGAAGCCACACCGCUCGACACAAAGGCAAAGUAGCAUCUCAAAGUUUUGAGUACGCACAGCUCCGCCCCUCUCCCACCAGCAGACAGCUGCAGCAGAACAAGCGCUCCUCGUGUCGUGGCUGCGGCGCUGUUUCGGUAACAGGCGGACAGAAGAGUGGGUCAUCACCAGCUCUGCCUCCGUGUUAUGUCAUCCGGACAAGGAAAGUACGACAACAGUUCCUCGUUUGGGUCGGUGACGAGCUGAAUCAGAGCGGUAUGUUUGGAGCAGUGGUGGUAGGCAUCGGCACAGCUGGCUGGGUGAGGAUUAGAGACAUGCUGUCUCCGCUGCCUGGCAGUCCUGCAGAGAAACUCACGGUCAGAGGAUUCAUCUCCAGGAGAAGCCUUGAGCCUCAGCAGGGAGUGAGUCAGAUAUCAGUAGAAGAGGCUGUGAGCAGGGAGGACAUCCAGGUGGUGUUCAUCUGCACAGAGAAUGUGUUGCAUGAGAACGACGUCAGAACCUUUCUGCAGGCAGGGAAACACGUCUGUGUUGAGUAUCCCAUGACCAUCAACUACAGGGCUGCCGUGGAGCUCUGGGAUAUUGCCCAGCAAAAAGGAGUGGUUCUUCAUGAGGAACACAUUGAGCUGCUAACAGAAGACUUCAAAGAACUGAAGAGACAGGUAGAGGGAAAGCAGCUGCAGGAAGGCACUCUUCAUUUCACUGGUGGAGUUCUGAAGCCAGGAUUUGGUUUCCCAGCAUUUAGUGGUAUUGCUCGUCUCACCUGGUUGGUUGAGUUGUUCGGUGAGCUGUCAGCAGCAGCAGCAACGAUGGAGGAGGACUCUGUUAACAACUACAGCAAGAUGACUGCAAAGCUAGUCACACGUGACAACAGACCACUGACAUGGAUUGAGGAGCGGGGACCGGGCCUUCCCAGGGCCAAGAACAUCAACUUCCUCUUUGACUCGUGCACUAUGACUCAGAUCCCUCCUGCACCCAGAGGGGCUGUGGGCCUCUUCAUGCAGGACCUGAACCACUUCUCUGCCAAACUGACAGGCCAAGUGAAUCCCGAGGAGCUCCACAGAGAGAAAACCAGGAUCUUGCACUGCCUGGAACUGGCAGAGAAAAUACAACAGCUCUGCCAAAGUUAAAUAGGACUCUGCAGGUUAUGAGGAUCAUAAAUCUAAACAUGAGUGUAUUCUUAUUUUUCAUCACAAUGCCCUUAAAGCUUUUUUUUUAGUUGGAGUUGUAAAAAGUUGGCGUGCAGCAUUUCAUCAGUCUAGAGAAAAUUGCUGUUUGAAAACUGAGUCACUGAACUGAAUAACAGCUCAAUAAACAUGAUCAGCAUGUAUUCAGACAUGUGUGCCUGAAACAACUGGAGUUAUCAUACAGAGCAGCUCUCCAGCAUCAUGACAUAGCCGUUAGAUAAAGAUAAUGUGUUUUCCUCUUUCAAUUAGUGUUUUUACCACAUAAAUGUAAAAACCAUACUGGGCAACACUCGCCGUGUUACUGAAGUCUUCUUUAUUUACUCUGCAUGUUUAAAUAUGGGACAGCGAGUUCUGAUAGGCAGUGUUGGGCAAGUUGCUUGUAAUAAAUUCCAUACCACUAAUUAAUAACUAUUUCUCAUUUGAAAGUAAUAGGUUACUUUACAAAAUUAUUGUAUAGAGUAAUGCAUUGCUUAUUAAACUACCUCUGUGUUACUUUCAUCAAAUUAACUGCAGGGGUAAAAUGAGGUGUUCUGAAACUAAUGACAGUCAUAUUGUUCCGUAACAAGUAAUCGACUAGAGGCUCAAGUUAAAUGGGGGCCAUAUUGCACUGCCUAAUGAAGGCCUUCAUGCUGUCAUGACAAGGACAGACAGAAAGACAGACAGACAGAGGAUUAAUGUCUGAUCAGUUAUAUAUCACUUAUAUCACUCACCUGACUUAAAGGCAGCUUCCCUGGCUCUGGACAGAGCCCUCACCUCUCCAUUCAGCCAGGCCUUCUGGUUGACAAAUUAUUAGAUUGUCUUUGUCAUCAUCAUGUUUGCUGAUUUAUGAUGUUACUAUUGAUGUGUAUUCAGCAUUGAUGAGGUUCAUCUGCUUCUUUUGCUCUUAAAACAGAAUACUUGAUAUCUACAAAGCCAAGUGAUCUUGACAUAUGUGCUUGCUUCAUGACUCGACCUUGCAGAAUUGUCUCUCAUUAUUAAAGACUCUGCAAUGAUUUCUUUGGAAACAAUAAAUGUCUUGCUGAUAAUUUCA